GCAACUGGUUCAGGGAUGGACUGGGUUGCUGGGAAUCGAAAGUUAACCGGGGAGUGCGAAGUCAGAUACGAAGCCUCGUCGGGUUUCUUCCUCUUCGGCUCGCUGUUUAUCAGCACCAGCACGACCCUUCAUAUGCAGAGAGCUGUCAAGUCUGUACUCCCCUUUUGCUUGACACCACACGCUUUUAAACUUUGCUUGGGUUCAAUGAACUUACUCCUUUCAUCAGGUAGGUGUUUCUGAAGUUGGCCCAGUCGCACCAUGACAGCCAGGGGAACACGCAAGGGUCGGGUCAGGGCAUGAGGGGGGGUCUGCAUGCUGGAUGUUUGUGCAUGUAAUGAAUGGACACGAACACAUGCUCAUGACCGAGCGAUGGAUCCUGCCAGACGGAAACGCAAGGAGGAGAUAAGCAAAUCUCUGAACUUUAUACAGUCUUCCCUGGCUUAUCCAGAUCCUGAGGGCUACCAGGACUUCCUGACCCAGUUAGUGUGCAACCUACUCGAGGAGGGCAAUGCUUUGUUCCGAGACAGAGAGUGGGAGCAGGCGGUGAGAGAGUUCAGUGAAGGCUUGAAUGUCUCCCACUACGCUACAGCAGAGGCUCUCCAGAUCCCAGAGGCUUUGCUGGAGAGCCUGUAUGUCAACCGGGCUGCUGCCUACCACAGUAUGGGCGAGUAUGAUCAAGGCGUGAAGGACUGCGACAAAGCUCUGAAAGUGUGUAAGGAAAGCUGCAAGGCCCUCUACAGGAAGGCACUUUGUUUGAAGGAGCUUGGAAAGUACAGGGAGGCCUACAACUGCACCACGGAUUGUCUGCUCAUCACUCGUCUGGACAAGCAGGUGAAUGAGCUCGCGCAGGAGCUGGCCGUCCAUCUGGGACUAAAAAAUCGUAAACCUUAUGUCAGCGCAAAGGAAGGAGCGCUUAUCGCAAGAGAUGCCACAAAUGGAAAAAUGACUACUGAAGGCAUCAAGGCAAAUUUAGGAAAUGGUAUGAAUCCUCUGAGUGGCCUUGCACCAGUCAGCUUUCCGAGCAUGCCACAGUCCUGCAUACCCUCCACAAGUCCUGUCUCCUCCACAGUACCCGACAUAGCAGACACUUUGGAGGACUGUGAGCUGAUGGGCGAGGACAUAGACAUCCUGCUUGACUGCUUCCCUAAUGAGCAGGGGCUGACUCAGACCCAAAUCCAGGCAGCCUUUUCAGUCCCCAGCAAGAAAUCCACUUGCACACGCACAGUUCCUUCUGUCCUGCCCGCCCCAACACCCCAGCUACCCCCGGCCUUCUUCAGCUCGACCGUCAGCCAACUCAACUCCCUGGACUCCUUUUCAGGUGGUGGGCACAGCACCACGACUGUGACACUGGAUGCCCUAGAUGACCUCUCGACCUCUGGAAUUGGAGGUGGUGCCCCAAACUUAGCACGGACCUCUGUUGCCUUGGAUGCUCAGGAUGGCCUUGAUUCCUUGGAUGACUUCUUGGAUACGAAUCCAAGUGACGCUGCUACUGAGAACGAGUCCAAAACAGAACUGGACACAGGGGAGAAGUCCCUUGGUAUGACAUCUGUGAACCAGCUUGACUCCCUUGAUGCACUGGACCGGUUUCCCUCUGUGAAAGAUGCAGCUGCUUUGCCACCAAUCUCCUUUGGGGCAGCAGGCCUGGACUUGCGUCCUGAUUUCAGCUUAACUGGUAACACAUGCUCUCACAGUACUGCAGCUCCAGUAACGUGGUCUCCAAAGAAUAACAACAAAGAGAAGACUAACCAAGCACAGGUUGCGUUCUCUAAUCCCCUGUCCUCCACCCAUGAGUUCCUGCAGGCCUGCUCCGCCUGUUUCCCUCGGACAGGUCAAGGGAUAUAUUCUUUUGUACACAAGCCAGAUCUGGUCCACAGCUGCAAGCGAGACAUUCUGCUAUGUAGACGAAAGACAGGUCAUCCUUCUGAGUGGACCAGAGUGCGGAAGCUUCCAUCCUGGACUUCCUUCACUGGGCCGUUUGUACUCUGCAAGGAGGUGCUGAAGUCCAAAGAUUUGGGCCUGUGUAAGUACGGCGAGAACUGCACGUUUGCCUACAACCAGCUGGAGAUUGACGUUUGGACAGAAGAGAAGAAGGGGAAGCUGGACAGAAACCUGCUAUUUGAAACAGAAGCUGACAAACUGGACCCUGUAAACAGCAUCAUACGUCUUCUACAGGAACACAAGGGCGUGUUUAUUUUCCUCUGUCAGGAAUGCUAUGACAGUAAACCUAGACUCAUCAGUAAGCGCUCCAAAGACAACCAUACCAUCUGCUCUAACUUGGAUGCUCGCCACACAUUCGAAGCCAAUAAGUGCUUAGCAUUCGUGGUGAGGACCCACAGUGUAAACUACAGUAAGGUCCGUCCGCUGGGUGUCCUGUGCCACUUGGAUUUGUGCCGCCAAGCCAUCCGGUACGGCUGCCUGAGAGAGGACAGCUGCCAUUUCGCCCACUCCCCCCUAGAGCUCAAAACCUGGAGAGUGCAGCGAGACACAGGUAUUAGCCCCGAAGAGAUUGUGAAAGUAUCCACAAACUAUUAUGAGAAGCAGGAGCUGAACUCAAGCAAGCAGAAAGGCAAUAGACAGCUGUCUUCUGGAGGUGGUGGGAGCAAACCAAGAGGGGGAGGAUCUGGAGGAGGAGCCGGGAAGAGUCCGAACAUGAAGAUGAAGUUUGUCUGCGCUCAGUGCUGGUGGGGCGGCCUGAUCAGUGAACCAGACAAAGCCCUCAAGUACUGCACUGCCAAGGCCAGGCAUGCGUGGACUAAAGACAGAUGGUUACUGCUGGUCAGGUCCUCGGAGAAAAGUAAAUGGGUUCAGGUCCGACCGCUGCCACAUGCCAAGAACUUCCCCAUGCAGUAUGAUAUAUGUACCCAGAUUUUGUCGAAAAGGAAAUGUAACUACACUGGGAAAUGCACCUUUGCUCAUAGCCAAGAGGAGAAGGAGAUGUGGAUGUAUAUGAAGAAUAAUGACUUGCGGGACAUGCAGCAGAUGUAUGACAUUUGGCUGAAAUCAACUACCCACAACCGCCAAGCAGAUGGAGCCGUGCUCACCCAACCUGUCCCAGAAGAGAAAGACAUCGUCAUGCCAACUGACUUUGCUGAACCGAUGAGUGGCUACCACUGCCGCCUAUGUGGUAAACACAGUAACGGUGAGCGACAGUGGCAACAGCACAUCUCCUCUGAGAAGCACAAGGACCGAGUGUUCAGCUGUGAGGGAGAGGACGAAGCUCUGACGUGGAGCUACCGUUUCCCUGGCGAACGCUUUGAACUCUGCUCCAAGUGGGAGGGCGGCUGUCCUGAAGGUGUGAGCUGUGACUAUGCACACAGCCCAGAGGAGCUGCAGGAGUGGAUUGAGAGACGGGAUUUCCUGCGACACAAGCUGGCCAAAGCCAGGGAGGACAUGCUCAUCAUGCCUGAUGAGUUUGACUUUGGGAAAUACAACUUUCUACUUUAGGACUGAGUAGAUUUUCUUUUUUUUUCUUUUUAUUUGCGAGCCAUUUUGGAACUGCCAAACUAGCAUUUCAAAACCAAAAUCAGCAGGUGAUGUGAUUAAACUAUCAGUGAGUAGAAAUUUACCAGUAGAUCACUUGAAAUAUGAAGCAUGUGUAUUUCUCACACAUGCCAUAUACUCUUUUAGUUACUCUAAUUUGGUAUGUGGGACAUCUUCAGAGCUACUUGUAUUGCCUGUUCAGCUAAAACAUCAUUAAAAAAGUACUUAGUCCUGUGAAACUAAAGCCCAUGUUGGUGCCACCCAAAAAACACAGCAGAUACAAACCCUCUUCAUCACAAAAUAUUCAUAAUGGGUUCAUAUUUAACCAUAAAUGCAGCUUUUUGUGUCCGCUGACCCAUGUGACAUUCACACAAAGUUUGGGUUGUUUUCUCUUUUUUUUUUUCUUCUUUAUGUCUGAUGUCCAAAGACUCAACUGUGCAUUAAAGUACUCCUCACCAAACGAUUUCUAAAUGUCUCAACUUUUAACACAAAUAAAAAUGCACAUGUUCAGUUCUGAUAUGUCCUUAAGCAAAGACACGUGCUUUUGAUGGUUUGAA